AUGCCCUGGUCAUCAACCCUACUAAUUCAGCCUGAGAUGGAAGUGCCCACCCUCUCCAAAACGCUUAAGUCUCCUGAUCUCAGUGAAGAGUCUUUGGACCCUAGGAUUAUCAUUGCCUUAUUUGAAAUUGGAUCACUUCCUCCUGUUUCUUGCAGUUCUCUCCCUUCCCUAAAAAAUAGUGACCAUGAAGCAACUGAACAACAAAUUGCAAAGAAGUUUGAAAACCUCUUAAAAGAAAUUAAAGAUAUUGUUAAACAUAUGACAAGUUAUGAAGAGAAGGUCAUAGAAACAAAAGAAUCUUUUGAGGAAACCAAUAUCUCUGAGGAUGUGUCAGAACUUAAAGAAAAAAUCAGAGAACUUGAUAAAAUAAAUAAAGUACUAUUGGAAAAGCUGCUUGCUAGUUGGGACUUAGGGAAAGAACAGAACUCAAAGAAACAGGAGAUGAUGUUGGAAAACCAGAACUCCAAGGACACCAUGCAAGGUUGUGCAAGGGAUUUGGUAAAUUGUUCAGAAGAAAAAAGAGCCCUUCAUGAAACUCAACUAAGUAAGGAAAAAGCAAAGCACAGAUUCCCUCUUGUUCAAGAAGAAAAUAUCAAACUGAGGGACAACAUGGAGCAAUUACUACAAGAAGCAAAACACUGGAGUGUGCAACAUACUGAGCUCAGUGAACUAAUAAAAUCCUAUCAGAAAUCUCAGACAGACAUCAAAACUCUUGAAAAUAAUGGCGCCCAUUCCCCAACUCAAACGAAUAAUGGGAUGUCCGCUAAGCAUGAGCUGGAAGAACAAGUGAGGAAACUGAAACAAGACACAUAUUCACUGCAUUUGAUUGCAGCUUUGCUGGAGAAUGAAUGCCAAAUCUUAGAGCAGAGAGUAGAGCUUCUCAAGGAACUCCAUCAUCAGAAAGAGGGACCUCUACAAGGGGAGCCAAUUCAGAUAAACUAUGAGCAGAACAAGAAAGAACAGAAGCUAUCAGAGGCAGAGAAGGUCAAAAUACAUAAGCAAAACAUGCAAGAAAUGUUUCAAAAAGGAGACCAAUUCUAUAGAAGCCUGGAUGUUUGUCAUAAAAAGAAAGCUCGUAAUAAUUUGUUCAAUACUCAUAUUGCAAGAAGAGCUCUUGUAGGAAAAAAGAGGCCAGCAAGCAGCCUAAGUUAG